CCUUUUCAGCUUGAAACUCUCCUCAGCAUGGCACAUCAGUUUGACAUCACCUCUGAAAGGUAAAAACUGCUUUGUAGACAGAUGGAAGAAUGAGAAUCACAAAGAAAUUGAAGAUUUAAGACAAGAGAAUGGGAACCUCAAAUUAGAAAUCAACAAAUUAAGAAUGCAACUUCAGGACAGCCAAAAUGAAUUGCACAACUUCAAAGAAAGAAUGGGGAAAGUAGUGGACCUGAAAUUAGGAAGUAGUGGGGUUUUGUCUGAAGACCUCACUAACCCCUGCAGAGAAUCUGAACUGAAACAUAUGUAUGAGAAAUUAAGCAAGAAUCAAUGGGCAAAACUUCUGCGGCAGCUAAAGACAGGAGGACCUGAAAUGACCAAAGAAAAAAUAAAAGAGAACAGGAAGAAGGCAGAGGACGUGAUCCAGGCUGUUCUGCGUGAAUCACAACAUGAUAUUCAAAACAUCACAGGCACAAUGUUGUGCCUCACACCGGGCAGCCAAGAUCCUUCCAAUAAGACAACACAGUACUUUGAUUUGGCUGUCCAAAAUCUUCAGAUAGCAAUCUAUCAGGAAAAGAUGCAACUCUACAACAUAGAUAAGUUGCAGGACGUUCCGGAGGCUUUGUACCCGAUGAUUGAUGAUUGCUACAAGACUGGCUGUUUGAUGGCUUUACAUAAUCCACCUCUCCUGCUGGACUGGGACAGCUGUGGUCAAGGACCGUUCCCUCCGAUAAAGAUUGGAAAGUUUGUUCCUGUUAAAGAGAAAAAUUAUGAUACGGAUUCUCUUCAGAAGAGUUCUGCUGCUCAGCCUGGGGCUCAGAUUCCUGAUGGAAACAGAGAACCAGUGAAGUCUGAACCUCUCAAAGAGACAGAAGAGGAUAUAAAUGGUGCUCUAAGGAUGACAUCACUUCCUGAUUUUGCUGCUCAACCUCAAACUCCAACUUUUCAGAGACAGAGUAGUGUCCCGGUGAAGCCUGAACCUCUCAAAGAGACAGAAGAGGAUAAAAAUGGUGCUCUAAGGAUGACAUCACUUCCUGCCCAGCCUGAUCCUCACAAAGAGAAAGAAGAUGGAAACACUUCCCCAGUGGUUUCUGCUCCUCAACAGCGACCUCAACCUCCCCAGAAACGCAAAAGUAGGCCGGCCCAGCCUGACCCUCACAAAGAGAAAGAAGAGGAUAUUAACACUUCCCCAGUGGUUUCUGCUCCUCAGCAGCGACCUCAACCUCCCCAGAAACGCAAAAGUAGGCCGGAGCAGCCUGUUCAACAGAAAGAGAAACAACAGAAUGUAAACGCUGCUCGAGUGGGUCCUCCUCUUCCUACAGGCAGACAACAAACUCAAAGACCCACAACAGAUCAUCCUGAGAACACCACGGAGACUGACACAAGUAUAGUGGAAGCGCGAGGAGCUCGUAGAAACAUGCCCUGUUUAUGCAUCAUUCUUGGGCCGAUUUUCCUUGGGAUGUUCUUUAUUGUCUGUGGACUGUUUGGCCUUGAAUGGCAUCAGUACUCAACCAGUAAAUGGCGAUAAAGGACAUUUUCUGCAUGGAGACAGAGAUUCUUCUCUCUGAACCACCACUGUUACAUAUCUGUACCACCACUGUUCCAUAUCUGUACCACUUCUUGAUGCAACCCUAAAACCUACUGAAUUUUUCCAUUUUC